AUGUCAUUUGUUGGGGUGAUAGACUCAGAGAAGAACAAAGUCAUAUGGUCGAAGGCAAUUCUGUCAUUAGCUGCUAUAUCUGAUCACAUUAAAUUCAUCGUUUGUCCUGAUUCAUUAUCUAUCUCAGCUGUGAAUAAUGCAAAAACAUCUCAUGCAGAAAUCGUCUUCAAGAAGACAUUCUUUUACGAUUACUCGGUAGAUUUUUCAAACAUACUACCAGAGGGGUUUGAUAAUGAUCUUGGAGAAGAUAUAGAUGCCGAGAUUGAUGGUUCUAAGCUGUCAUAUUCGUUCGUAGUUAACUCAAAGCAUUUGGGUAUACUUUUUAAGAACCUCGAUGCGGUUGAUAUUGAUUAUAUAUGCUUCAAAAUACAUUGGUCGAGAGAAGCACAGAUAAACAUGAAAUAUAAAUUGUUGAUAGAAAUAAAGACCAAAAAGCUAAUCAUUAAGAAAUAUCAAACGAGUUACCAGCCGGUGCUUAAGAAUCAGUUAACCGUUUCAUCGGUGUACAAACGAGAGUUAUACGACCAGCAGUACAAGGAAGGAAGUGGAGCGAUAGACGAAUGUAAUAGGGUUAACUAUAUAAUGAUUGAACAAAUCAUACCCAAACAAUUCUUGGACAUGAUUCCGGCAUCUACUGAGGAUUUCAAAAUUGAAAUCAAAAAUGAAAAGAUUCUGUUGAGUGGAUAUACUAAGCAGAUCCAAAAGGACAGGGAGUACUUAAAGCAGCAGAUGUCAGUCACAAUAGCCUUAACUCUAGAGGAAUUGUUAAAUACAAAUCUCACAGCCGAAGCCAAUAUCGACCAAGCAAGGAAAUGCAUAAAUUUCAGGUUGAGAGAUUUCAGAAAUUUUAUAAACCUAAUUACAUCAAUCAACAUCCCUACGAAUGCGGAGUCUAAUCCCGACGAAUACCUUAACCUAAAUAACAUGAUUUCAAUGUCAAAUGAGGAUUAUUUCGAAAUCUUUUUCAAGAAUCCCGGGGACCCUAUUUUGUUUGAAUUGCAAAACAAUCCCCACAUUUUGAUACAAUACGUCCAGAUAACUAAUGAUGACGAAUAUGAUUUACCAGAGAAUUCUAAAGUCAAUGUGAAUGGAGCCAAGAACCCCCCAAGCAAUCUAGUUCUACAUCCACAUGUUAUCCACAAGAUUUCAUUACACCCUGACGAAGAAAAGAUUCCUAUAGAUGCAAAGUUCUCAACCAGCAGUAAAAUUCCAAAAACGAAGCUCUCUAUUCCUCAGCAAGUGGGAAAACUACAAUCUAAUACCGACAAUAGUCUACAUACCAAUGAAUUAUUUGUACCAGAAACGGAGAGUCAAACCGCUGCAUUUGAUUAUUCGUCUAAUUAUGAGAAUGAAGAUAUGAUAACAUAUGGUAAGAGAAUGUCACAAACCGAAAAAGAAACAUACAAAAAGCAAAAGACAGAAGAGGGUAACGGUAUUGGGAUGCUUAAUAUAGAUAUGGAUACAUUGAAUAAUAUGAUCGACAAUAAAGAAAAGGCACAACCCGAUAAAAGAAUAAUAAUUAACGAAGAUACUGAUUAUGAAUCGGACGAGAAUGAAGCAGUAACUUUAGGCCCCACACAAGGGGCAGAUCGUCCAAGAUCUAUAUUUGACUGA